AUGAAUUCCUUUCGAAAGGCGUUGAAGGACGCCAAAAAUGUAUUAAUUUUAACUGGAGCUGGAGUGUCGGCUGAAUCCGGUGUCCCAACGUUUCGAGGUUCCGGCGGCUUCUGGAGGAAUUAUCAAGCCCAAAAUCUUGCUACGCCGCAGGCUUUUUCAGCCAAUCCAUCUUUAGUUUGGGAAUUCUAUCAUUACAGGCGAGAACUGGUGCUGAAAGUUGAGCCGAAUCAGGCACACAAGGCAAUAGCGGAGUUUGAACAGCGAAUGAGAAAUCACGGUAAUAUUGUAACGAUAUUAACGCAGAAUAUCGAUGGGCUUCAUCAGCGUGCCGGUUCGGCCAGUGUCAUCGAGCUCCACGGUUCUCUUUACAAAACAAGAUGUACAAAGUGCAAGGAAGUUGUUGAGGAUAGAAGCAGUCCAAUCUGUCCAGCCCUUGAGGGAAAGGGGUAA